GUAUAACAGUUCUCCAUUUUCAUCACUUUCACCCAUCAACUUGACAUUUGUGUUGAACCUUUCCUCUUGAACAAAAAUAUGCCACAAAAGGACAAUAUUUUCGACUUAUUUCUCGGCUACCGAUAAGAUUAAUUAUCUGGCGCCCUGCCAAGGAAGUACCUUGCUUAACGAUAAAUUCAGUGUAAACAUCAAUAUCAAUGUGUAAUAGCUAAGAUGGACACUGUAGAUCAGCCGAACUCUAUUUGUCACGUUCAGUCAAUCCACAUGUACCCUUUGCCACCGGUUGAAGCCCAAAAAGCAAUGCCUUUUGGCUUGCUGGUUGGUGAAAUGGUUCUUCAUUCAGGAACCUCUGUGGAUGGGUUAAUAUUUGCGACCAAUUAUCGACUCUAUUUGCAAAAUGGAGAAAAUCAAUAUCACAUCCCAUUGGGGAUGAUUGAAAUCAUUGAGAUUCGGGAGCUUUUUUAUCUACAACUUUAUUGCAAGGACGCUCGAACAUAUAAAUGUACCUUUGAAAAUAAUGAAAGCGCCUUGGACUGGUAUAAUGAAGUAUCUAAAGCCAUCGAGCCCCCUCGUCACCUUGAGCAACUUUUCGCGUUCUGUCACUGCGCUUGGGCUAAAGAAAAAGGAGGAAAUGAAACCGCUUUGAAAGUGGCUUGUCAGAAGAAAUAUACAUUCGAUAAGAACAUGUUUGAAAAUGAGAUGUACAGAAUGCAAUUUCAAGGCGAUUCGUGGCGAAUUACAAAAGCCAACGAGAAUUUCAAGAUAUGCCCCACAUACCCGCCCUACCUGUUAGUUCCGUCGUGUAUAAACGAUGAAAUGUUGGAAAGCGUGGCGAAGUUUAGAAGCUCUAGGCGUAUUCCUGUUGCAGUUUGGCGACACACGAAAAAUGGGGCAGUUAUAGCACGAUGCAGCCAACCGGAAGUUGGAUGGUUCGGAUGGAGAUCUAGUGAUGAUGAGGAUUUACUCAAGGCCAUUUCCGAUGCCUGCAAUUUCGAUCGAAAUCUACCAACAAAUAGUAGCAGCAGCGAUAGAGAAUCGACACUAUCCAAUUCGCCUGGAUCACUACAUUCGGAUGAGUCAUUACAGAUCACUGGCGAAGUUAUACAGCAGGAGAAGAAGUUGCUUAUAAUGGAUGCACGUUCUUAUACCACAGCUGUGGCGAACAGGGCCAGGGGAGGUGGAUGUGAAUGUCCAGAGUACUAUCCCAACUGCGAAAUUCAGUUUAUGAAUUUAGCGAAUAUACAUUCCAUCCGUAAAAGUUUUCACGCUUUGAGACAACUUUGUAUGUCAUCGGCUGAGCAGCCGAAUUGGUUCAGCCUUUUAGAGGGAACUCGUUGGUUGUCGCACAUGUCGGGAUUAAUGAAAUCGGCAGUGAUUUUGUCCACGGCAGUGGAGAGAGAUGGCAGGCCCGUUUUGGUUCACUGUUCUGAUGGGUGGGACAGAACGCCGCAAAUUGUUGCAUUGGCCGAACUGUUGUUGGAUCCUUACUAUCGCACUGUUGAUGGAUUUCGAGUGUUAAUUGAACGAGAGUGGCUUGCUUUUGGCCAUAAGUUUGCUGACCGAUGCGGCCACUCUGGCGGAAGUGCCGAUUUAAAUGAAAGGUGUCCAGUAUUUUUACAGUGGCUUGACUGUAUUCAUCAACUCAUCAGGCAGUUUCCCGUGUCGUUUGAGUUCUCUCAUAACUAUCUAAUCAAACUCGCGCAGCACACAUUUUCUAAUUUAUAUGGCACCUUCCUUUGCAACACCCACAAGCAAAGAUCAAAAAUUGUACACGGAAGAACGUUUUCAGUAUGGGACCUAUUAAGUUCGUCCAGCUUUAAAAAUCAUCUUUAUGCGCCUACACAAAGUACAACAACGGCCAAUAGGGUUUUAUGGCCGAAAACCCAUAUACGAGACCUAAGGCUUUGGUCGGAAGUAUAUUUGGGUUCUCUAGAAGCAAAUUUUAAUCCAGAGGAGGGUUCUGGAGGUGCUUGUCCGGGACCUCCUGAUAUGAACGGGCACAUUAACAUGUCCAAAACGAGAUCUUAUGGCGAUUUAUUGAAUGGUGACGCUUGUCAUGUAUUGUAUGGAGGUAGACGAAGCAGUGAUCCCAGUAUUAAUAGAGAGUUAAAACUUGUCCCACAUGGAAAUGGAGCAACUGACACAAUAAAUAACACUGACGUUGCUAAUGGUCAUCACAAUCAUAACGAAUCUACAAACGACAAUAUUCCAGAUUUUCUACCCAGCGACAUGGAAGAUAAUGCACCCGAUUGCGAGCAAGAUUGUAUUUUCAGAAUCGAUGCAAAUCCCACACCGCUAACUGACGAUCAAAUAGACGGUCUUAGUUUCGAUUGUGGCUACAUGCAACCAAAGGAGAUAAAUUCCGAAACGAAUCGGAACGAAACUGACGAAUUAUCUCAAACUACCAAUGAGAUGACUCUAAAUACUCAAGAAAAUGUCACAAAUAGUAUGGCGAGCAUUUUUUUAGCAGAUAGCCGGGUAGAUUCGAAAGAGAAUGCGAUGGCUUUUGGAAGUGAGGCGGAAUCUACACUUAGUGAAAGAGGGUCUGAAACUGAAAACAAUUUGGGUGACGAAGAAUUUUUGGAAAACAAUAUUUCACCUGCUAGUGGGGAAGAACAGGAUCAUAACAAUUGUAUAAAUAGUAGAGACAUUGAAAAUGACUUGUGUAGAGCAAGUGAACAAGUCGAGAGAUUAUUGAGCUUGGAACCAUCUGUAGAGACCAGUACUGAAACUCUCGUCUCAGACCAACUGGUUCCCGGUUCAUCGCCUAAUGAGUACAAUGGUUUUGAAAAAAUUCGUAGUCCUAUCGAUAUAAUAGAUGGAGGAGAAGACUGUAAAAUCUGUGUGGAUGGAGAAAAUGUUACUAACGGAAAUUCUGCGACUGAAAGUACAGGAAUACCUGGCUUAAAUGGAUGGGAUGGCGCCUGUAUGCAAAGUCACACCCAUAAAUACAGAAGGCGAGCAUCUAAUUGCCAACUAGGUGAAGAUGGUUUGAUACCUAUAAGAUCACCAAUAGAAGAACGAUUGGAUCAGAUUGUAGAGGAACAUAGGCGAAAAAUUGAGUUGUUGGAAAGGGAACUUCACGCUUCUCGUCAAAUUUUAAUAAAGCAAGCUUGCCACAGAUGCCAGAACGGCGAUGGCGAGAGGCAUGAUGAUAGUUGUAGUAGUUCCAUUGCCACAUCGUCAAGUCGAAGUUCUUGUUGCUCAAAAAAUUGCCUUCAGUUAGUCGGUGAAGAAAAGCUAACUUCAGUAAUAGAAUCCCUAAACAGUGCUGGUGAAAGUCAUGUAUCAGCCGGAGAAUCUUUGCGCUCGGAUUUGUCUUGGGUGGAUGUGGAAGAAAGCGUUGAAUGUCAAGGAACGCUUUGGGUUCCCGAUCAUGCGGUAAGCAGAUGUACGGGGUGCGGAACAGCUUUUUGGAUGGGAAGGAGGCGCCAUCACUGUAGAACUGUGAACUGCUUUAGGAAAUGUGGUCGAAUAUUCUGCGCCGAUUGUUCUGAACACGCGACACCACUUCCAUCGGAACAGCUUUAUAAUCCCGUUCGCGUAUGCACUGGCUGCUACUCAGACCUGAAACAAAUCGACCGACCUUUAUUGCUAAACAGCAUCUCUGACUCCUUAGCAGAGCAGUGCAGUCGAGGUUCCUCAGGGUCGCAGGAAAGCCAGAGAAUCCAAACCCAAAUAGCCGCAUCAAGUAACUAAAUAAGUAAGUAUAUGGUAUGGUCGUACACUUGUGAUUUUGUUAUUUUUGAAUAGGGUUUUUAUGAGCGUCAAUACUAGUGAUGUUAUACAUAGUAGUAUGUAGAUGAAACUCGCUUAUUUACCCAAUCUAGUUUUUUAAGUAAAUUUUUCGUAAGGUUUUGGUUCUGCGUCAAAGCUUCACAAAAAGUGUUUUCGAUAGACUUGAGUGUUUUUAAUAUACGCACUCUACUGUUCAUUUUCUGACCACACCAAGAAACAAACCACUAUUUUCAUGAUUUUAUUAGACAAUCUGUUCAGUUUUAUAUUGUUCUUUCAUUGCAUCUGAGGAAACAGAGUCGACACAAUUUUUCAAUUAAGCAUACGAAUUGACUUUUUGACAAAAAAAUAAUGUUUUAGAUUUUCGGAUCUAAACAGGGCGGUUUUUCUAGCGUGCAAGUAUUUUAAAAAGGAUCCUCCGCGCUUUCUUUAUCACCCAUUAUCAGUUAACUCCGGGUUUCCCAAACUGUGUUCCGCGAAAAAUGUUGUAUUUUUUUAAGUGUUAAAAUAAAGUGUUGGUAGAGAAUGGAAAAACGUUACUCAAAAAAUGGGGUGACUUUUUUGUGGGUGUUAAAAUAAAGUUCAGUAGAAAUCAAUUUAAAAAUAAACAAGUGUUCCGUUAAAAUUCCUGGGUUUACAUAGUGUUCGAUUCUAGAAAAGGGUUGGGCAACCCUGGGUUGACUGCUGGCCGUAGGUCUUUUCCAUGCUGUUUGGUCUUGUGCUACCCGAAACUAUAUGUUCCCUGUUGUUUGUUUAACAUUAUCGAGUGUCYCACCCAUUUCCACUUCAUUUACGCAAUGCGUGCUUUACAUCAAUGACUGGAUAAUUUCGAACGUUUAUUUUCUGUCCCUAAGGAGGAUGUUAAGCAUCGUCCUGUCAAUCACACUUUGCUCUUUUUUGUUUGUGUUAUUGUGUCCAAGCCAUAUGUUACUACCGGCAAUAUUAAGGACUAAAAAGCUUUUAAAAUUUACAAGGCCGGGACUGGUUUUAAAACGUACUUGAUCUUCCCGAAGUCUGUCCAAGGUAGCAUACCUUUUCGUCAAAUUAUCUUCACCGUUCGAUUUUUGUUGCCUCAAUAAGAAUAGCCUUAUUGUAUGUUCCAGAAAAAUAAACUCUUACCUUUUCCGGUUUCGUACCAUCUAAAUAUACUUUAAUCCUCCCAUUUUUGGAAAUCGUGCACCUAUCCCUAUAAAGGACUAGCAACCCCACAAAAAUGAGUAAAAGUUUGUUAUGUGAAGUUAAUAUUCCAGGCAACCUGUUCGGAUUUUUCAAUAAAAUGCUACUCUUAUUUUGCAAUAACAAAUAUAUUUUGAAAAUUUUUACCAUAACGUUUAAAUGCAAAUUGCUCUCGUAAUUUUUAACUUCUAUCGAGUAAAAAUGCUCUUCACAUUAAAAUGUCUCAAGCCCGCUGUAUUGAAUAAAUGAAAAACGUAAAUAAAAUUUUAGUUACAACGGGCUGUUUAAACGGUCUUCAUUCCUUAAACAGAAGAGCAAGUUUUUAAUUUUUCAUUCAAAUUAAACACAUCGCUUGUGGGUCGAUGUAUGUAACAAGCUAGUAUGCUUUUUAACUGAAAAUGAGCUACUAAAUAUUUGUCACAAAAUGGGGAAACGACCUGUAUAGAUGAUAAACGUUUGUAAUCGACUCAACAUUGUGCUGAGCGCAUUGAAAUACGUUAAGCAAAGUUUAAAAGGCAAUACACUGCAGUUAUUUUGAUGAUGAUUGAUGGGGAUGUAAAAUUGUAGGUGCCUAAAGGAGACUGAAGUGAUUUACUUGAAAGAAGCGAGAUCGCGUUAGAAAAUGUUUAAAUAAAUUAAAUCUAAUUUAUAAUUCGGGGAUUAAAAUAUGAACAUUGUUAGAUCGUAUUAAUUAUGCAACUUGAGAUUGUAUUGUUACUAUAUUGGCCGAAUUACCGACUUUGGAGAAUAAAAUUAUUAAUGAAACAUUUUGAGUUAAUCCUUGGCAAUACGCAAUAAUCAGCUCCGCUUUUCGGAAUUGAUCUAUCUACAAUUUGCGCUUUCAAAUCGUAGUUUAACUAGUCUUGUUUUGAUUAUUAACCAGAAACUUUUCGCCUUAUGCGUGGACCGUUUAAUGUCAUAUGAAAAGUAGGACAGAUAAGCCGGCUUGUAAUGCAUUGCAAUGUUUCUUAAUAUAAUUUAACAGUUCAAAAGCAACUUAGCGUUUGCGUUAUGUAUCAUAUAAUAUACACGAGAUUAGAAUAAUCACUAAUUGUUGUACAAAACUCUACAAAAAGAUUAUUUUAAUUAAAUGACAUUUUAUUUAUAUUUGGUUAGUUAUAAUUAAUCGAUUUUGAAUAUAUUUUGAAACAUCACAAUAAUGACUAUUGAGAA